AUGCACCCCGGCACCAUCCUCGCUCUCGUCGCCACCCUCCUCCCCACCGCCACAGCAGCAGUCGAGUACUGCUACCCCGAAGGCGGCGCAGGGCACAAACGGUGCUUUGACGGCACGCGCGCAACGCCCUGCUGCGGCGUCGGGCCGUGCAACAUCUUCUGCGCCAACUGCGACGGCGGCUGCCGCAAGCGCCCCUCCUACGACCGCGCAGCUUUCGACCGCGCCACUGCCGCCGAUACUGCCGAGCUUACCCUGCGCCAGUACACGCUGUACAUGGGCGUCGCCGUCGAUGAUCCGGUUUAUGUUGACUGGUUUAGGAGGCACGACAGGAACGGCGAUGGCGUCGUUACUUUCGACGAGUUGCGCUUGGAUGGGCGGUCCGAGUUGUAG